AUGAUUCGAUCCUUGGGUCAAUCUUCCGCCACUCUUUUGCGAGCCUCCACUGCUCGUUCAGUGGUCUCAAAGGCCACUGUUGCAGUUGCCGGCCUUCACCAUGCUCGCUCCGUCCAACAGCAACAAUUGCAACUUACCAAGUCCUCUACUACUUCCAAAUUCCCCAACGCUGCUCGUGCCGCUGCUCGCCGCUCUUAUUCGACUCGCUCUACUGUCAUUCAAUUACUUGACAGCAUUGGCUCUAAACGUGAAGUUGAGCAAUACCUGAAGUACUUCACCUCCGUCUCCAACCAGCAAUUUGCUGUCAUCAAGGUUGGUGGUGCAAUCAUUACUGACAAUCUCAACGAGCUUGCUUCUGCUCUCGCUUUCUUGUACCAUGUUGGUCUUUACCCCAUCAUUCUCCACGGUACUGGUCCCCAGAUCAAUGCCGUUCUCGAGUCUCAAGGAAUUGUUCCUGACUACAUUGAUGGUAUCCGUAUCACAGACUCCAAGACUAUGUCUGUUGUUCGCAAGAUGUUCCUUCAACAAAAUCUCAAGCUUGUUGAGGCUCUUGAGAAACUCGGUGUCCGUGCCCGCCCCAUCACUGGUGGUGUUUUCGGUGCUGACUACCUUGACAAGGAAAAGUAUCAUCUUGUUGGAAAAAUCACUUCUGUUGACAAAACCCCCAUUGAAGCCUCCAUUAAUGCUGGUGCGCUUCCCAUUCUUACAUCACUUGCUGAGACCCCUGAUGGCCAGAUUUUGAACGUCAAUGCUGACGUUGCUGCUGGUGAGCUCGCUCGUGUUAUUGAGCCCCUCAAGAUUGUUUACCUGAACGAAAAGGGUGGUCUUAUCAAUGGCUCUACCGGCGAAAAGAUUUCGGUUAUUAACCUUGACGAGGAGUACGACGAUCUCAUGAAGGAGCCUUGGGUUAAGUACGGCACCAAGCUCAAAAUUAAGGAAAUUAAGGAACUUCUCACCUACCUUCCUAGAUCAUCAUCUGUCGCUAUUAUUUCUGUUCACGAUCUUCAGAAGGAGCUCUUCACCGACUCUGGUGCCGGUACUCUGAUUAGACGCGGCUACAAGUUGCUCUCACGUGAAAACCUCGAGCAAUUCCCCUCUCAGGAGGCCCUCCGCAAGGCCCUUCAGCGCGACCCUGUGAUUGCCGAUAAGACUAUCUCUGUUGCCUCUUACCUUCGUCAGCUUGAAGGAACUUCUUUUAAAGCUUACGGUGACGAACCUCUUGAAGUUUUGGCCAUUGUUAAGAACACUGAGCCCAUUCCUACUUUGGAGAAGUUCUUGCCUAGCAAGAACGGCUGGCUCAACAAUGUUACUGACAAUAUUUGGACUGCCAUCCGCAAGGACUACCCCGUUCUCCAAUGGGUUAUUUCUGAUCAAGAUGAGAAUGCUUCCUGGCAUUUCAGCAAAGCCGACGGUUCUUUUGCCAAGGACGGCCAAAUUUUGUUUUGGUAUGGUCUCAAAGACUCUGCUGAAAUUUCAAAGUUGAUUUCCACUUUCUCCGCGGAAGUUGCUUCCCAAACAGCUGCUGCUCAAGCCACCUCUGCCAGUGGCCCUAAGAUUCAAACUAGAUCUUUCAGCACUCGCUCUGGUCUUUCUAUGCCUCGCCGCCCCUUCGGUAUUAUGGGUGCCCGUUCUUACAGCACUGAGAGCACUACCAACCCUAACCCACCUCUCAAGGAGGGAACUAGCACCAAGCCUGCCAAGGUUGCUCUUAUUGGUGCACGCGGCUACACUGGCCAGGCCCUCAUUGACCUGAUUAACCAGCAUCCUUACCUCGAGCUUUCUCACGUUUCUUCUCGUGAAUUAGCAGGUAAGCCUCUUAACGGUUACGACAAGAAGCGCAUUAUUUACGAUAAUCUUCAGGUUGAGGACAUCCGCCGUCUCGAAGAGCGCGGUGAGGUUGAUAUUUGGGUCAUGGCUUUGCCCAAUGGCGUUUGCAAGCCCUUUGUUGAUGCCAUUGACAAUGCAAACUCGGCUAAAACUUCCAAGAUUAUUGACUUGUCUGCCGACUACCGCUUCGACGACACCAAUGAGUGGCUCUAUGGUCUCCCUGAGCUUGGAGACCGUUCUAAGUAUGCUACUGCCCGUAAGAUUUCGAAUCCUGGCUGUUACGCUACUGCUGCUCAACUGGCAAUUUCUCCCCUUGUUGAACACUUGGGCAAUGGCCAGCCCUCUGUCUUUGGUGUUUCUGGCUACUCUGGCGCUGGUACCAAGCCUUCUCCCAAGAAUGACAUCAAGGUCCUCACCAACAACUUGAUUCCUUACUCUCUUACUGAUCACAUUCACGAGCGUGAGGUGUCUCGCCAGUUGGGUACUCAAAUUGCCUUUACUCCCCAUGUUGCUCAAUGGUUCCAAGGCAUUACACACACUAUUUCUAUUCCUCUUAAGACACCACUGUCGUCGCGUGAAAUUCGCAACCUGUACCAGGACCGAUACGCUGGUGAGAAGCUUAUCCACGUAACCGGUGAGGCGCCGUUGGUUCGCGAUAUUUCUGGCAAGCACAGCGUGUCUAUUGGCGGGUUUGGAGUUUCCUCCCGCGGUGACCGUGUUGUUGUGGUUGCUACCAUUGACAAUCUGCUUAAGGGUGCUGCCACUCAAUGUUUGCAGAAUGCUAACUUGCUUCUGGGCUAUGGCGAGUACACUGGCAUUCCCAUUUAG